AUGGCUAGUUUCGCAAUGGCAGAGGCGAUGGACCUUCGCUCGCUGGUGCUAGGCAUAGAUGCCCCAUCAUGCGAAGUCAAGGACGAGUUUAAAUGCUGUACUGAUGACAACUGGAAGAUCUACGCCAGCGCAGAUCGGCUUGAUGAGCACUAUGAAGAUUUCUGCAAGAAUAUCGAGCAGCCUGAUCAUGGGAAGGGAUGGGACUACUACAAGGUGUAUGGCGAGGACACUCCUGAUGAGCAUGAGUUCAGAAUCUCUCUUAGUGACGACGUCGCGGACUAUGACGUGAAUCAGUGCAUUGAUUCCUUCAAGAAGCUAAUCCACAACUGCGACACCAAUCGUAGGCUAAACUGGAAGACUGGAGGUAAAUAUGUCCGUGACGACGGAGCCUACACAUACGAAGUCAGCCCAACGCGCUACAACAGGCCCUGGCCACCACCUGAGUAUGCUCAAGGUACUUGCAAAGGAUGGUACCACUUUUCCCAUAGUUCGUAUACUAUAGAAGGCGGUGGGUUCUCAACGUGGGACUUUGGUCAGAAGACGAUGAGGCCGAGCAUGAAUGGAUGUUAUGGACUUGGAACGACGGCUUGGAACUUUGAGGACUACGAUGAACCGACUGAGGAGGGGUAUGAGUGA